AGUAGGGAGUACAGUAAGGCUGGAAGAGGAGGAAGCGUCACUCGACCUAUCACGCCUGUUCUUGUGUUUCCAUCUGUCCCUCGAGAUGUACCGCGAGGAGAAACACGUGUCUGAGUGAUACUGGAUGACACUUGGUGAUACAGGUGCUUGUGAGGUGAUUCUUUCCGACUGUUAAGGAUGUAUAGGUGAUUGUAGUUGUCCCGUUGUUAUCCUGCUGUUUCUGUGGUGCUCUGAUAAGACAAACAAAAAGACACCGUUUUGUGAAAGCUAAUGUUCAGAUUAACGAUGAAAAUUAAGAUGAGGACAGCAAGCACAAUCAUUCCCACUAUAUCACCAGGAGGAACGUUAUCCAAAACAAUGAGGAUUAAGUAAUAAGCUAUGGGGAUGGGGACGCUGGUGAGCUCGUACCCACGGGGGCUGGAGGACAGCUCGGGCGGGGUGAUGGUUCCCCUGGGCAUCCCGCAGCCCGUGCUGACUCCCCUGCACGCAUGGGAACCUCAUGCCAUCACUUCCGAAGGUCAAGAGUCCAGUGCUUCCCAUCUGACCUUCCUAUGCGCAGGUUCAAAAGGAAAGAACGCGUUCAACAAGGUGCCAUGGACGCAGAUGAUGGAGGCCGGCGUGCAGACGGAGGCAGUGGCGGAGGAGGAACUCGACUGGGACCUGAGCAACCUUGAGGACAGGGAGACGCAGACCCUUCCCCAGAACCCUACGCCCUUCCAGCUAAACCGAAAUGAUGCCUUCGUGCAGACGGACUAUCGCUACCUGCCACUCACCGCCGCCUCGCUCCGCCCCUCCACCAGUCUCCCAGUCAAGCUGGUGGACAGAGGGACACAAACAGAAGUCACCACCUCUUCCGUGUCCACGCAGACCGAGGGGCCGUACUUGCCACUGACCUCCUCCAUCCUCCAGCACGACACCAAGGUUGUACCGAGGGACGCCAGCGAGGAGCGAGAGGAACAAGUACUACUCUCAGACGCCUCCUCAGGGCCCUCGGUAUCAGGAUUGGGGUCUGCUCUCCCACGCCCUCAGGUACUGCAAACUCUACCAGGCAUCGUCACGCCCAUGCUGCCGGACAGUCCCCCGAACUCCCCCGAGCAUCCUCUUAGCUUACCAUUCGACGGCAGAGCGGCGAGGAAACGUGCGAAUGAACAAUGGAUGCACCUGAAACAACUCUGCGUCACAGACAUGAUAUCUUACGACGUGCCGAUGCAGACGCGCCUCCACCGUACUCGCAGGAUAAUGGUGGACGCAUGUGUGCAGACCGACAACGACAUCCUGACAGAUGAGGCUCCACAGUUCGCGGCACGUCCGCCAAACUCCUCUAAAACUGCCCUACUGUCCGAUGUAGACUUUACUGACAUCGAUGUGCACGUCCUCACCACGCCGGACGAGGUUACAACGGAGGUGGCCCAGCUGGUGCGCUACCUGGGCAAACAAACCACGAGUGACCUUUACCGACUGCGAGCCCUGUUCCGCUGGGUGACUGAGAACAUAAGGUUCGAUUGGAAGUUUAUGGAGAAGAACCAGACAGCCGAGGAUGUGCUGGGGUCAAGGGCUGGAGUGAGUCGUGACUACGUAACUCUGCUGGUCGCUCUAUGUCACGCGGCAGGCCUAAGGGUGAAGAAGAUACACGGAUUUGCGCGGGGACGAGACUUCAAGCCAGGUCGCCAGUUUGACCCGGAGCGCGACCCCAGACACACGUGGAUGGCGGUGUUCCUGUACGGGUCGUGGCGCCUCCUCGACCCGACUUGGAGUGCCGGUUACACCAACGCCCAGGGCAAGUUUGUUCCUCAUCCUCUGGAGCAUUACUUCCUCACGGACCCACAGCACAUGGUCUACACUCACCUGCCCUACAAUACUCAAGAGCAACAUUACGACAGAUGGCAGCUUCUGGAGGACCCCUUGAGUCUGGAGGAGUUCAAUGCCUUACCCAAGGUGCUGCCGGAGUUCUGGACAUGUGGGCUGAGACUACACCGGCCCCUGCACAACCCCGUCAUUGUGAGGAACCAGACCGAGGUGACUCUCAUGGCCUCCACUCUCAUCAGAUAUAAGUACAAGUUUUUCCAAGAUGAUCAGGAUGAGGAUUCGUGCAUCAACCAGUGGGUGUUCUGCACGCUGAAGGAUGGCGGCGGUCAGGGCUCGUUCACAAUCAUUCCACCACAGAGUGCCAACUAUGUACUCAAAAUCUACGCAGGCCCCGAACAACUGCUUGAUGACAAUGAAGGCGCGCUGGACCACGUCGUCUCCUUUUUGUUAAUAUGUGAGAAGGCUAGAAGAUAUCCAGUGCCGUGGCCGCUGCAUGACGUGGCGUGGGGACCGAGCCCGAGAUUGUACCAGUGUGGGCUGGACCCCGUUAACCAAUCAGGCCCUGUCAUCGUCACGUGGGGAGGGAAAAAGGUCGUCUACUUCGAAAAGGCGAUCGACGUCAUGCUCAUGUUUCAAGUGUUUGAUGCCGAUGGGAAUCAGCUCGACCACAAGGGACUCUUGGGAAAAGAAGAGACGGAGGAGCAGCUGCGGUUGGUCAUCGUGCCGCCAGGAAUCGGUUACUUUAAGUUAUUAAUAUACGGAAUCCCGAGGCCCCAGGUGGGUGCGGCUGUGGUGAGGGGGCGGUGGCGGCUUCCUCUUCUGGCUUCCUACCUCAUCGAGUGCAAGAUGAGUCUGAGAAGUCAAAGCAACGAUUCCACGACCAACGUUAAGAAGAAGACUCGUAAGAAGAUUUCCUUAGUGCCAAGAAGAUGAACUGUUUGUCUGCAGCUUCGGAUGAUAUUUUUACAAGUGGUGGAGUCUCAGACCAAAAGUGCUAAAAAGACGUGUGGCGGGAAGCACGUGGCCACUAAUACUGUAUAUGUGAAGUAUUGUAGAUACUUUCAUUUUAAGAAUUAUGUAAGAUGUAGACGUCUAAAUGUUAUUAUACGUAUGAUAAUAUUGAUAAGACAAUCUUGUGAUUCAAAUUUUAUAUUAGAUUUUACAUUAUAACAAGCACAAAAUGCCUUGUGAAUCAGGAGUAUUUUGUAAAGAAGAUCUCGUCGCAGAUUCUUUGAUUAUAGUAGGUGAAAAUCUCUCGUGCCGUGUUCUUUUCGCUGCUUUCCCAGAGACAUGAACACAAUACAUUCAAGCUCACACAAAAAGAAAUAACAAAUGAACAGAACAAAAAAUAUAGUUAUACGCAUUACAGGAGACUUCAAGGUAGAAAACUUCAUGUUAAUAGAUGAACGAACCUCAAAGGUGAACCACUAAACCAAAUAAUUCACAAGAAAACAAGAUGCCAAGUUACGUAACGCACAAGCGAUAUUAUUAGGAGAGGAAUGCUUGAUGGACGCCGCAGGAAGGUACCACUCGUUCAGACCUCUCUCUAUAUCAUAUUAGGAUCAUAUUCUGAAUGGCCUCUACGGGGUACCACGGUUACUAUCAAAAGCUAUAGUGGAAGUUACACGGGUUUUUAAGAGUGCUUUUAAUGUUCUAAUGACAGAGUAAAAUGAUUGCUACAUUAUCGAAUGGAAAAAACACUCUUAAGAACCCGGCUAAUGUGGCCUUUGAAAAUAGUCGCGGUGAGUGAGCAAAGCGUUUCAGAAUACCACCUUAUACUUGUAAAUCCUGUCAUUGACGUUUUGCAACAGUCGCGGUCACAAGUCAAGGAAACUUUUGUACUCUCCUCCACUGUCUUUUAAGACUUUCAUCAGUGUUAGGUUAGACUUGCUGGUAGCGUCGUGAAAGCUGGCGUGUGAUUAAUUCUUUCUGUUCAGAACAAUGAAAUAAAUUACAUGCAUGGUUACACACACACACACACACACACACAGAGAGAGAGAGAGAGAGAGAGAGAGAGAGAGAGAGAGAGAGAGAGAGAGAGAGAGAGAGAGAGAGAGAGAGA